GCAACUUUAGUAUCCAGCUGUCAUGAUGUGUUCAUCGAUGAUGUAUUUGUAUUACUGCAAUUCCUGAAAAUUAAUUGAAAUUUGUACAUAAAGGCGUGUAAUUUCAAAAAGAAGCUGUAGUAAAUAUGGCUACGUUAAUUCAGUCUUAUGAGCAACAGUACUCAGUGCUAACUGCAGACAUAACAUCCAAAAUCGGACGACUGAAGUUAGGCCACGAAGAUAAUCGCGAUCAGUUGACACGAGAAAUUCAAGCCAAUUUCGAGGAAGCUAAUGAUCUUCUUGAGCAGUUGGAGUUGGAGUCUCGUGGUAGCGCCGGGUCGCGUGUCGCCGCAUAUCGGGCAGAGCUGCAGCGCGUACGCGAUGAGUACCGCUCAGUCACCAACAAUGCUGGAGGAUACACCGAUGCAGAAGAGAACUUUGACGACUGGACGUCAAACGACCAGCGACAGAAGCUUCUAGACAAUACAGAGAGGCUAGAAAGGACAGGCAAGACUCUCACUGAAGGCUACAGGGUGGUCUUAGAAACGGAGCAGAUUGGGGCCGCUGUGCUGCAGGAUUUGAGUUUGCAGAGGGAGACUAUAGAAAGAUCUAGAGGAAGGCUCCGUGAAACCGACGAGCAACUAAACCGCUCCUCCCGCCUGAUGAACUCUAUGAUCAUGAGGGCGCUGCAAGACCGCUUCGUUCUCGUCAUGGUGUUCCUCGUACUCGGCGUGCUCUUGUGUAUCAGCCUUUACUUCUACGUUACGUAACACUGUCGAUAAAGCUUCAUCUUUCAUAGAAUAUGUGUGGUCAAAAAUCGUGAGGGUUAAAUGGUUGUAUAGAACAGAAAAAAUAGGUCGAAAUUAUUGAAUAGCCGCGUUCAGACAGAGCGAAGCACGACAUAAGGCGAACGUGCUAUGUAGACAUGCCUCGGCCGAGGCAAUGUUUUGCUCGGCCGGCAUUGGAUGUUUACCGCGCAAUGUCUCGAGACGUGCCUCGCUGUGUAGACCUGGCUAAUAAGAUGGCUAAGAAUCCGGUGAAGCCUUGUUAAUUGUUCGUGCUAACACUUAGAUUUGAUGCGCGUAAAAACUAUAUCGAAAAACUCGUAUUUUUCAAUUUUAUGGCUGAAAAAGAAAAUACGCAUUAUCUCAUCUUCGAAAAUGCGAAAUUUCAUUGUGUAACUGUUAGUGAUAUUUUAGUUCCUUUCAAAUAUCAAAUAUGUAUAUUCUUCUCUUCGCUUUAUUUAUUAAUGGAUUGUAUAGUAAUAGACAUAAAUUAUGUCGAUAUAAUAUCGAUCAUAUAACUAUAUUAGUUUUAAUCUAUGAGCUGUAAAGGCGUUGUAUAUAAAAGAUGUAUUUUAAAAGACAUGCACUUAUUUUCUUGAUCUCUAAUUUAAUCAUUGAUAGAUAAAGUAACACUAUAAAAUGCUACUAUUAUUUUUGGCACAUUUAACUAUAACAUAUUAUAACUAAAUGAAAUAAUAAUUAUGUUCUUAUCCAGUGAUCAUGAGUAAGUUAUUAAGUAUGAAAAAGUUUACAUUUGCAAAUAAGUCCUCUGCCUUCCUUACAAUACGUUCUGUUUAGAAUAUAUUAAUAAAGAUACUGGUGUAUAACGAAAAUAAUAUUGUAUUAAUAUUUGACUCGAUUGAUCAAUAGGUAUACACAGAGCGAGGCAAUUCUUCGCGCGGCAACGUAGUCCCGUCCGAGAAAGAUUGCUUAGCCGAGCAAAACGCGUGCACUGCCUCGGGCGAGGCACGUCUAC